AUGUUCUCUUCAAUCAUGCGUGAAUGUAUUUCAAUCCAUGUUGGUCAAGCUGGUGUUCAAAUCGGUAAUGCAUGCUGGGAAUUAUACUGUUUAGAACAUGGUAUUCAGCCUGAUGGACAAAUGCCAUCAGAUAAAACCAUUGGUGGAGGUGAUGACUCAUUCAACACCUUCUUCAGUGAAACAGGAGCUGGCAAACAUGUCCCACGCGCUGUGUUUGUCGAUUUAGAACCAACUGUUAUCGACGAAGUUCGUACUGGUACUUAUCGCCAAUUAUUUCAUCCUGAACAAUUAAUUACUGGCAAAGAAGAUGCUGCUAACAACUAUGCUCGUGGCCAUUAUACAAUUGGUAAAGAAAUCGUUGACUUGGUACUCGAUCGCAUUCGAAAAUUGGCUGAUCAAUGUACUGGUCUUCAAGGUUUCCUUAUCUUUCAUAGCUUCGGAGGUGGUACUGGUUCAGGUUUUACGUCCUUGUUGAUGGAACGUCUCAGUGUUGAUUAUGGUAAAAAAUCGAAACUUGAAUUUGCUGUUUAUCCAGCUCCGCAAAUUUCGACUGCUGUCGUUGAACCAUACAACUCAAUCUUGACAACACACACAACACUCGAACAUUCCGAUUGUGCAUUUAUGGUUGACAAUGAGGCCAUCUAUGACAUUUGUCGCCGUAAUCUGGAUAUUGAACGACCAACAUACACAAACUUGAAUCGUUUGAUUGCUCAAAUUGUUUCAUCGAUUACAGCUUCCUUACGUUUCGAUGGUGCACUGAAUGUCGAUCUUACUGAAUUUCAAACAAAUUUGGUACCUUAUCCUCGUAUUCACUUCCCAUUGGCUACUUAUGCACCGAUCAUCAGCGCUGAAAAAGCUUAUCAUGAACAAUUAACUGUUGCUGAAAUCACCAAUGCUGUUUUCGAACCAGCAAAUCAAAUGGUUAAAUGCGAUCCUCGACAUGGUAAAUAUAUGGCUUGCUGUUUAUUAUACCGAGGUGAUGUCGUACCAAAGGAUGUCAACGCCGCUAUUGCAACCAUCAAGACCAAACGUACUAUCCAAUUCGUUGACUGGUGCCCAACAGGUUUCAAAGUUGGUAUCAAUUACCAACCACCAACAGUCGUUCCAGGUGGUGAUUUAGCUAAAGUUCAACGAGCUGUUUGCAUGUUAUCGAACACAACAGCUAUUGCUGAGGCUUGGGCUCGUCUCGAUCAUAAAUUCGACUUAAUGUACGCUAAACGUGCUUUUGUUCACUGGUACGUUGGUGAAGGUAUGGAAGAAGGUGAAUUCUCCGAAGCACGUGAGGAUUUGGCUGCAUUGGAAAAAGACUACGAAGAAGUCGGUGUUGACUCAGUUGAAGGUGAAGGCGAAGGAGAAGGCGAAGAAUACUAA